CUACCUAGCUGAGGCCGAAUUCAAAGAAUUAGAGCCGGUGCUUAAAUAUGAUAUGUUGUAUUUCUGGCUUCCUAUUUCAAUACAUUGUAUUCUGCUGAAGAACAUACAUUCACAGUCAAUACAGACAUCAAAGAAUCUAUGGUGGAAUACAUUGAUUCGGGAUGGCAUGGACAGGAGAGAUUUAAGGAAGGAUGAUGAUGGCUUCUGGGCUAUACGGGGUAAACGGAAUAUACCAGAGGAAACUAGAAUGCUUAAAGAAGAAACUUAUGGAAAUGUUAUAGAGAAUCAAGACAUAGAUGAAUAUUCUGAAUUUUCACAGGAGGACCUUGAUAAACUACACAAGGAGUUUCUUGAUAUAAUCAACAGUUUACUACAGGAUUAUCCUGAUGAAGACCCAGUUGCGCUCCUUGAAAGGGCAUUUGAAACUGAUGCAAUUGAAGAACCAGAAAAGCGUGGUAUGAAACCAUAUGCCCUGUUAGAGGCUGUAAAUGGUAAACAAGCAUUUGUUAAACCAAAUGGUCUUUUUUCAUCAAUUAAAGGGAAAAGAAAGAUGAAGCCCAAUGGCUUAUUUGGAGCUGUUGGUAAACGUACUAUGAAGCCCAAUGGACUGUUUGGAGCAAUGGGGAAAAGAUUGAUGAAGCCAAAUGGGUUGUUUGGUUCAUUAGGAAAACGAAGUAUGAAACCAAAUGGACUCUUUGGAUCCCUAGGCAAGAGAAGUAUGAAACCAAAUGGACUCUUUGGAUCCCUAGGCAAGAGAAGUAUGAAACCAAAUGGGCUUUUUGGAUCCCUAGGCAAGAGAAGUAUGAAACCAAAUGGGCUUUUUGGAUCCCUAGGAAAGAGAAGUAUGAAACCAAAUGGGCUUUUUGGAUCCCUAGGCAAGAGAAGUAUGAAACCAAAUGGGCUUUUUGGAUCCCUAGGAAAGAGAAGUAUGAAACCAAAUGGGCUCUUUGGAUCUCUUGGAAAAAGAAACAUAAAACCAAACGGACUGUUUGAAGCCCUUGGAAAAAGAUUUCCGCAAUUAAGUGAAUUGUACUCUUUAAGUUUAAAGGGAAACUUCAUCAAGCCAAAUAGUCUUUUUAAUGUUCAGAACAAAAGAGGUUUAAAACCAAAUGGUAUGUUUUCCGCAAUGGGAGGAAAGCGCCAUUGGUCACCAAUGAAGAAAACACUGAAGCCCAAUGGGCUAUUUUACAGCUUAAAGAGAUCAGAUGAUGAUUUGUUUGACCAUGAGUAUUACGAAAUCCUUGGAUUUGAAGAACCUAAUUACGAAGAAGAUGAAGAUGAAAAUCAAGUUGAUCAUGAAGUUGAAGAUGAAAUUGAACAUGAAGUUGAAGAUGAAGAUGAAGAUAAAAAUGAUGAAGAAACUGAGAAUGAUAAUGGAUAUGAUCCAAUGCCAGUAAAGAAAGCUGAAGAUCCAAACUUCUGGGCAGUUAGAGGUAAAAAAAGUGAAGAUGAUUUCUGGGCUGUUCGUGGUAAGAGGUCAGAGGAAGAUCCAGAUUUCUUUGCAGUUCGUGGAAAAAAAGACACAGAGAGUUCUAGAGGCUCUGAUCUUAAGUCAAUAGAUGCAAAUGAGAUGCAAGGCCAGGGUCUGAACACUGAUCACUGAUCCUGUUUGCGAAAUAUGUCUUUAAUGUAUGUAGGCUGGUUGUGUUACCUAGUAAUAAUGGGAGAGAAUAUAUCAGUUUAACUCCCCUGCUCUAGGGGUCUGUUUUAUACAUUAUGAACACUGUGAUAAAUAUUUUCAAUCUGCGAAUGAUGAGGACAGGGUUUAGCCAUUUAACGCCAUGUUGUCGUUUAGCUCCUGGAAGCUUUUUCUGUAAAUAAUUAUCCUUUGUUAUGGUUUACCUGUUCUAAUCUCGCUAGAGGCUGGGGUUGGUGGUAUUUAUUAUCAGUAAUAAAGCGUGUUAUAAAAAUUA